GCACAUUUUUGUGGUUUUGCUAUUCUACUGUAAUUUAUUUCCCUUUUCUUGAAUGAAAUAACUUUUGAUCCAAUUAAUAUAAUAAAGAAGGCAAUAUAUCCCAGAUAAUAUACACAGCAAAAUGAGCGCGUGUACCGUGGAAGUCGUGAAAAUACUUGGAAAAUAUCUCAACGUACCGGUUGGCACUGCUUGUUACAGUACGGAAAAGGUAUUGACUGCGGUAAUUAACAAGCAAAGUGUUGAAGGCUUUGCUACAAUAAUAAUGCGUUUAGCGUCCCAAAGCAGUGUACAAAUGACGCAAGAACAAACCUUGCUAUGCUACCAGUGGUUAGAACACAUCUCUAUGUACGCCAACCAGGCGGCGGCUAACCCGGCAUUUGCUAAGAGUUUUCUACAAGAUAUAAAUAAAGCUUUGCAGAUAAACACAUAUCUAACAGGACAAUCAUUGACCAUCGCAGAUGUGGCUGCCUACCAUGUUUUAUAUCCUUUACUGGAACGCCUAUCCAUUUCUGAAAGAGAGUCACUGCUGCACCUCUGCCGAUGGUCAAAGCACAUUCAAGCUCAACCAAAAGUGUGUGUCAACCGAUCACCUCUACCAUUGAAUACCCUGACCCUCACUACGUUAGCUCCAGCCGUGCAUUAGUGUUACCGGGGCGCCUUUGAACACGGAUGGGCUACCAGACCCAGUGUUUUCACAUCAAAUUAGAAAUAUGACGAAAUUUAAUUCCUCCUUCAUAUAUUUCCCAAAUCCAUUCUCGUAUCCAAACUACCCGGUUAUAGUGUACGCGUAAAUUAAAUAAAACUACAAUUGAGGUUCAGAA